AUGAUCUACUACCGAACGCAGUCAUGGUAUACGCAGAUCGCACGAUGGUACGGAACGGUUUGGGGAGAGGUAAAGGUGAAGGCGAUUGUCAUGCUUAUUUACACCUCUGCUGCGUAUUGGUUGUGCGUCAAGGAAGACCACAACUUGGGCAGGACAAGGAAGAAUAUUCUUGGCUCAACCAUUUCUUUCCUGCUCAUCUUCCGUGCGAACAACGGGUACAAACGUUACAUGAAGGGGCGUGCAGCUUGCAUUCACUUCUUCUGUGUCUUGCGAGAGAUUAUUUGCACUUAUCUGGUCUUUCUUGCUGGCGGGUCGCGCAAUAGACGGCUCCGUUGGCGCCGAGUUGGUCCCAGCUCUCGACCCGUUACCCAGGAGGAUGUUGAGAUGGAUGUCGAUGACAAGAUUGCAAGUGAGGAAAGAACGGAGGCUGUCCGAUGGUGCCUCAUCAUGGCCAUCGCAUUCCAGAUGCAUGCGCGCUUGCUUGAUCAAGGUCUCAAUAAAGGAAGAAUUACAGAGGAAACAAAGCGCAGGGUGGACUGGGACAGGUAUCGGAUCAGGGGUCUGACGAACGAGAGUGAGUUUCGCAGCUUGGAUGGGAUUGUGCGGGCUGUCGCCGCACCGCAAAUCAGCUGGGCGACACCUCAGUAUUCCGACCUUCCAGGGGUAGAGGAAGUCUUCGGACCGGAAGCGAGCGCACUGCAGGAGUCGGCCGGGGACAUUGAGAUUAGUCGUGUCCCAUACAUUCGCUUGUGCACGUACCUCGUGUACAAGUUGAACGAGGUUGGCUACAGGAACAUGAACGAUCCUCGCAUGCAAGACAAGAGGUGGGGCAUGGGUGAGCGCUUUGUGCCGCUUGUGACUGCCCAGACCAUGUCGCUCUCCUAUUCGUAUUCCGAAGUCAACCAGAUCAUCAGCACUCCGCUUCCUUUUCCCUACAAUCAUUUGUGCAAGCUAUUGCUGUUUCUGUUCUUCCUUUGUUUUCCGUUCUACAUCGAGAAGGAGCUCGGCUUGUGGGUGAAUAUCGUGGAAAACACCCUUCUGGCUGUAGCUCUCUUGGGUUUGGAUUGCAUUGCGACUGAGCUGGAGAAUCCCUUUGGUGAUGAUGCAAACGAUCUAAACAUGUAUGAUCGGGUCGCGACUCUUGAGCAGGAGGUCAUGGUGUUCGUGAAGCUUUGCGGCGACGAUGCCUGCUCGCAGAACUUCACUUGGCAGGCCUUCCCCACGGAGAUUCACGAAGGGAUGCCCCCGGUGACAAAGUUCUUAGCAUUGCGAUCACAGGUGGAGAGCAGGGGAAAGAACUCUGACGUCGUCUGGGGUGGUGCCUGCUCCAGGGCACACAUUUACGAGGGAAUGCGAGACCUGGCCGAGGAGGAUGAGGAAGUCGAUGCCAACUUUUCGGAUGACUCCUAG